UUGUUUACGGUAGUGAAAGUUAUACAAGCAACCAGAUAAUGGAAUAAAAUAAACAAACCAGAGUUGCCUGCAUCCCCACAAUGUUUGCAAUGAUAUUUUCUGUGGAUCGGAAACCGAACAAAGUUUUCUGCUUUCAAGCGGGGGACUUCCCUAACCGAAUACUCGCCCACCUCUUUUGAUUUGUUCGUAUUUUAAUAAAAUCGUUAUGUCGGACUUGACUUUUGUAUAUUCUUGGCUUUCCUCCCAACUUGAACUACACGGAAUAGAUUCCAUUAUUUAUUCUCGUCAUGUGAUUAAUCUACUGAUCAACUCCCAUUACACAAACGACAUUCAUCUCGCUCAUAAAGAAGAAACAAUAUUCGCUAGUUUGCCCGGCUCAAAGAAAAGAAAACCGAAAGCAAAAUACAACAAACGUUCGAAUUCUUUCACUUUCCCUGACGAAGUUCUCAUGAAGAAACAAAUGGCUGUCAACUGUUUGCGCUCGGCUGUUGACGAUUCAACCACUCCUCCAUUAGAGGGCGACAUUGAGUCACUCAUAGAAAACUUAUACAAUAAACUUAAAGCCGUUCAUCUGUUUUCAGACGGCAAACUCAGUUCAAGUUCGGAUGAAGGACAGAAUGUCGCAACAAGUGUUAAACAAAAGAAACGUCGAGAAUUCAAGGAAAAUUAUCACGAUGUAUUUCCAUCUUUAAAACCCGGGGAAACUGAAACACAAACCAACAAUUUACCCGAAUGUUGGAAGAAACAUGAUGUGUCGACGCCUGAAACAAACCCUGACCCCAAGAAUCCCCCUCGAACUCGGAACCUUCAAAAACCUCGUCGACCUCGGAAAAAGAAACCUCACCCCCCUGAAUAUUUACCCCCGGAUAAAACCACGCACCCUGUGAGGAGCAACCCACGAUGGAUCAAAGAUGACGGCAACCCACGAUGGAUCAAAGAUGGCGGCAGGAGAAGGGGAAGGAAAGGGAGCAGCAGUGUUCCCGCAAACCUGCAUCUGGGAAAGGAAAAUAUAUCUGGCAACACUAAAAAUCAAAAUAAACGCAAGAUCACAAUGAGUCAGCGUAAUCAGCGAAAACUCCGUAAACAAGUCGAUCCUGGCUUUGAAGCUUCGAUUGAUGAUGUCACACAUAGGUUUAUGUAUCCAGGAUAUCUUGCUUCGAAGCAGAAUUUAUUAGAAGAAGAUAUUUGCCAUCUAUAUACCAACCAUGAGUUGCCCACAGUGAGCGAACGACCACAAAGUAAAUGGUUCCGCGACCCCGAGUCCGGGUUUCUCGAGUUUGAACCGGCGCACAAGUCGCCGCAUUCGCCUGAAUCUGUGGUUGAUGGAUCGGAAAGUUGGUUGUGGUGUCCGUCACCCUCGUUGUGGGAGGGUGACGAUGGUUGUCCACUAGGGGGAUCAGUGAGCAGGUUGGAAACAAUCUACAAACCGCGGUUGACAUCGAGCGAGAAAGUGACGGGCCAACUAUGGGAGGGGUAUCGCGCAAUUUUUGCUGACGUCGCUAAGGAUUCUGAGGUUGAUGACUCAUCCAGUUUCUUCGAUUUAGCGACACCUAGUGUCGAGAGUUCCGAGGAACCUGUGUUUUCCAUAGAAAUCAACGAAAACAAGACAGAUUUAAACGGGAACUACCUUCCCCCACAAUGCAAUGCGGGGAAUAAUUGCUACAGUGGUGAUUGUGACGCGUGCAGUAUUUUCGAUGAGUCGACACUUUCUAUCACGGAGCGAGGAUGCUUUGGUAUCGGAUUAGGGAAACCACCUCCUGACGACGAAACCCUCCAAUCACGACGGAGGAUUUGGCUUCAAAACACGAAGUGCGACGUGGAUUGUUUGGAAAGUAUCUUAGAUGUUGGGUAUUUAUCCCCACAUAACGAGUACGGGGUAGCGAGGGAGUUUGACCUCAACUUCAACCCCUGGGUUGGUGGGUUGGGGGAGUCGCUUUCCAUCAACCAAUUCUUCUGCGAGUUAUCGACGUCGUUGUUCGAUGUGGAGGGCUGGAUGUGCGGGUGGGGGGGAAACGACGAUGAUACUUACGUUGCUUCCCUCGUACAUCGUGUGUUGGAGGUGGUGGUGGAUAGUUUACACGAGGAUGAUGAUAAAUUACCGGGGGUUGCCGAUAAACCCACUCUGGAUGAUUGUGUGACAAGGAACGAAGCGUGGAAAACCUCACUACGUAUCGGAAACAUUUGGCAGAACAUCUCGGGUAUUCGGCCGAUUGAUAUUGUGUAUAGCGAGAAACAAAGUUCGAGCGAAACGAUGUUACAACCGUCGUCACUCACACACUUCAGGCCAAUAAACAAUGAAGGGGAGGAAACAAGUACGAGGGUCGUGGAUUCAUUCACACCAGCCGACGAACUUUCCGACAAUUUCCUUGAAUUCUCGGCGACCUCCCCCCAAAAACCUUCGCAACAAAAACAACAACAAACUUCAGGCACAAACCAAGGGGACACCAAAUCUUUCCGACCAAAAUUCCGUAAACUUGGUGAAGACAAAUGUUUACAAACUACUUUCGAGGAACAAAUGCGGUCAAGUGGAAACGGUCGACCCCCAAAAGCUAACUCUCGAUAAUUGUAUAUUAUUUCUAUGUUGUAUAUAGGUGACCCAUUAACACGCAUGAAAUUUGUAAAUAAUAAUAACCCCCCUUGUAUAGAAACAUUUAUUUUGUAAAUAUUAUUUAUUCUUGUUCUUCUAAUAUACCGGUACGUUCUUUGUUGCCGGACAAUGCUAUUGUUGCAUCAAUGCAUCCAUUGUUACAUAACAAUGCUGGAUUUUAAAUUGGUUAUUUAAGUCAUCAAACAAAUUUAAAAUAUCUGACUCAGCAAAAAAAUGUUAAAAUUUCACCCAGCGGAAAAAUGUUAAAAUUUUGAGUUGAAAUAAUUUUGUGGGAAAUUCCUGCUUAAAUGACUCCAUUAAAAAAAAAUUAAAAAUUAUAAAAAUUAAAAAAAAAUCUUUCUGCACCUUUGUAUGUUUUGCAAUUCAACUUAAUAUUUAUUGUGAUGUAACAAUGAGCCGAUAAUUAGUUCAUUGUUACAUCACAUAAGUUGCAUUACAGCGAAACAUUUCACCACAAUUUCAAAUUGAAUUCUGUAAAUGAAUAAUUUGAUCUUCACUGUGAAACCAGUGAAGUUUUUGUGGUUUUUUCCUCAACUUCUCGGCCUUGCUGUUUGUUUAUUAUUCUCGUAAAUAUUUGGCGAAUGUAAAAAAGUUUUUUUUGUGAAAUUUGAAAAUAAACUUCAGCAAUGUA